AAAAAUGGCUGCGCCCAUACAAAAGUUAGCACGGAUAGCCUGCCAGUGUUUUUCCCGUAAACAACACGACACGGUAUUUAAAGAACAGAUGAAUAACCUCAAAUUAGCAUUGAAUUCAAUCACCGCGAAAGAUGUUAACUUUGACCCGAAAUCCGUGACAGACAGAACUUCGGAACAUGACGCACCUGUCACAUACGUCCACAUUUGGGAGGAUGACAUUUUUACCAUGGGAAUAUUUGUCGUGAAAUCUGGAGGCAAAUUACCCAUGCAUGAUCACCCUAACAUGUAUGGAUUCUGUAAAGUGAUUCAUGGGUCGGUUCACUUGAAAAGUUAUAGUCUUGUUUCUGAUCAGAACAUUCCAGAAGAUGUGGAAAAGAAAUUACAUUUGUGGCAGAAACCUCUGGUGAGAUCAGUCGGUUUACGCCAAGAUCAAGUAAUUACAUCGAAUGAUGAUUGCUGCUUUUUGUCACCAAGUGAUGGAAAUAUUCAUGAGAUACAAUCUGCAGGUGGGGUAGCUGCUUUCUUGGAUAUUUUGGCCCCUCCAUACAACAACAGUCAGAGUCGAGACUGCCAUUAUUACAAGGAGCUUCCAAUGUCCGGCAUUUUGGGAAAUAAAAAUGUUGAAAGUGCAUCUAUAGAGAACAGCAAACCAACAAUCAGAUGGUUUAUGCAGGUUCCUCAGCCACAUGAAUACUGGUGUGACACACUGGAUUAUCGGGGGCCACCACUAAUUGUGUGAAGUUUCUGAAUUCCAUUCAUGAUACAAAAUCUAGUAUCAUCUAGACAGUAGGAGGUCUUCUACAGUCGGCUCUUUCAUAUAAUUUAUUAAUUCAUAAUAUACUUAAUGAUUUACCUAUCUUAUGAAAUUAUUACAUUUGACAAAUGAGUGACCAUAAGUUGUGAUGAUAUUGACCUGUUUACAAAAAUAAUUAUAUUUUGUGUGUUUUGAGUAUGUAAAGAUAAUCAGUUAUGCUAUGUUACUGAUAUCAGUAACAUCAUUUCCAUGUUCAAGUGUACUUAUUGAGUUGACAGCUUAUGAAACUUCCAGUUUCAAUCUAUAUACACAGCACUGUGUACAUGGUAUAGAUUGUUACUGUAUUCCAUUAUAUACACAAUUUUAAACAUUCAGGCUUUGGUUUUGUUUUCAUGGUUUAUAUCUUGUAUAUGCCGGGAACAGUCUUAGACCAUGUGUCAUGAUAUUCCUAUCACAUAUUGAUUCACUGAGUCAGUGAAUAAUAUCUAUUGAGAUACUUAAUUGCCACCAUUUUUGUAUGUUGCAUAAAACAUGUACAAAGAUACAUGGGUGGAUGUAUCAUGUUGUCAAAAGUAGAUUUAUGCAUUGUCACAUGCUACAGCAUGACCAGCAUGGGAUAAGAUUCAAUACUUGAUCUUCAUCGUGAUAAGUUAAUGUUUUAACCCAAAGGAUACCCCAACACCAACUUUUGCAUAGUUUUAUGGGAGUAAGAAUACCCUGGCAGAAAUGUAUGUGGUGUGUGAGUGAUUGCGUGUGAGAGAGACACAGACAUACAUUGUCAUUGAUGUUAAGGUACCUGUGUUCAUUAAACAGUACAUUGAUCUUAUGAUCAUGAAUAUCCAUAAUGUUAGAGUCUGGGGCUAAGGUAAUUUGGUUGAUUGUGGAAAUCGUAAUGAUCUGUUGUUGCUCACAAUAUCAGUCACUGGUUUGUCAGAUCCAAACUGAAAUAUUUAGUUGCUAGGAUAUCACUGAGAAUGGCACUAAGCUACAAACAAACAAUGUUUUUAAUUACAGAAAUCAAAUACAUAAGAACUGGCAUUUGGCCCAAGCUUUCUUCUCACCUCACACUUUUAUAUGUGCUGCAUUCUUUGAGUCUGGUCACCACAAUAUGGCUGAAAUAUUGCUGAUGUAAAAUGUUAACUCACUCACUCUCUCUUUGAGUCUGGAAUGCCUUGCCAUGUACUGGAGAUGGAAUUGGCACAGUGAAGAAGAUAUGCAAUUUAAUGUAAUUGUAACUGAUGUAAUUGGGUGGGGAAGGGGGUUGUUUUUUGUGUGAAGGGGUAUGGGGAUGCAGGGUCAUUGCUGCCCCUAGGGCUGAUGACUAAAUCUUGAUUGUGCUGCCCUUUUUUGUUUACUUGUUGACAUGCAAGUUUAAGCACAGAAUCUUCAUCACUACAAUCAAAACAUGUGAUAUGUCUAGUAUUUACAACAGCUACUACUAGAUAUGUAUUAGAAAUGGCAGUAUUUUAUUCCUUUUGUUAAUCAUGCUAAUUAGUAUACAGUCAAAUACCCUGUAAAGCUGAAAGAUAAAAUUUGUGUGAGUGUGAUACUUAAUGACAAACAUCUAUUCUGUGAUUGUGUUCCACUUUAUCCUAGUCUUGUGUUUUUCCAAUUCUUGCAGUUUAUCAAAGAGCUGGAAGAGAGAAGAUUGUAUAUAUCUAUGCCUGACCUACAAAAGUGCUACACUUAAAGCAUUCUCAGCUGUUUACCUUGUUGAUGAACCAAUAUCAUUUGUUACUCUGUUCUUUAAAGAAUUUGACUGUAUAAAUGUUUUGAUUACCA